AUGGCCAAGUCUUUUCACAGUGUUCUGCUUUUAUUUGCAUCAGUUGCAAUUAUGGAGCUGGAGGCAGAAGCUGGUGUCUGCACCAGAGACAUGGGUGCUUGCAGCCCAUCUUGCAAUGACAUAUGUGCUUCGAAAUAUCCCAAGGGCGGCAAGGGAGCUUGUCAGGGAGCAAAAUGUGCUCAGAAAGGUCCUCUAAGUCAAGCGUUUUGUGAUGCCAGAUUAUCGCCUAUAGUUGUUACAUGUCAAUGCAGUUAUGAUUGUUCUUGA